GGCAGUCCCGGGUGGAAUGGUCGCGGCGACAUGUGGAGGCGGAGCGGGAGUCCCUCUUCUUCGUCGUCGAAAUGAUGGAUCCUUCGCACACAGAGGCGAUAGAGAGAGAAUACAGACAGAUAGAGGACAAUGAGGCGUGGAGUCAAGUGUAUCAGAAGAUACGCAGCGAAGGGAGUUUUGAUUUACCAUGUACUGAGGCCAAAAAGACUGUAAAUAGGAAUCUAAAUCGAUAUAGAGAUGUUCUUCCAUACGACCACACCAGAAUAAAACUAAGUGGAACCAAUACAAACUAUAUUAAUGCAUCACUUGUUCAGGUGGAAUCUGUUGGCCGGUCAUAUAUCCUAACACAAGGACCUUUAGCACAAACUACACCACAUUUCUGGCGCAUGGUAUGGCAGGACAAGGUCAAAGGAAUUAUUAUGCUCAACAAAAUAAUUGAAAAGAAUCAGAUAAAAUGCCACCAGUACUGGCCUCUUGGUGAAAGUGAUGGAGGUGAAGAUGUAAUGAUGAUCACGCCAGUUGGGCUCAAGGUAGAGCUAAUCAGUGUCAGUCGGCACUCCCAUUACAACUACAGCACCCUCAGAUUAGUGGAUAUGAACUCAGGUGACAGCCAGCUAAUCCUCCAUUUCCACUAUACAACCUGGCCCGACUUCAGUGUUCCUCAGUCUCCCGAGGCUUUCUACAAGUUCCUAAGUGUCGUCAGAGCGAGCGGUGUCUUAGAACCCGAUGUGGGACCAGCUGUGGUCCACUGCUCGGCUGGCAUUGGGCGAUCGGGAACCUUCUGUCUGGUGGAUAGUGUCCUUAUGAUGUUGUCUCGUGGACUUUGUGACUCCGGUCAGGGAAAGGUGCUAGAGGUGCUGCUGGAUAUGCGACGGCAACGCAUGGGCCUCAUCCAGACCCCAGACCAGUUGAAAUUCUCAUAUCAAGCCAUUAUUUAUGGUGCACAUAAACUAAAUGAAAUGAAUGGCAAGGACCCGGUGGAAGAGAGCAGCAGCGAAGAACCUUCACUUGCGGACGACCUCCCACCACAGCCUCCCCCCCGUACUGACUCCCUCACUCGUUCCAUGAUAGAGAGUCAGCUGGCCCAAGAGCUGCAGGAGGGCCAAGGCACUGACACGGCUCCUGAGGACGAUGAUGAUGAUGAAGAGUUUGAAGAUGAGAACAAAGAUGCUCCAGCAAGACCUCUGCCAGCUGAACCAGCCACUGAUGGUUCUGGGCCAGAAACUUCCCCUCUACCUAGUCCAGUUGAUGAUAUGCCAAAUGACGUACGACAGCGGAAGCGACGGGAACGUAUAGAAGCCACUGCAGCCAAGGUCAAGAACAUGGUAGACAAGCAGAGAGCCAACGAACAGUGGCAAGAGAAAAAGAGGUUAAUAAUGAGGCCCAUUUCCCUAUGUGUAGCCUUUGUUAUGCUUGGUUUGGGCGGAGGCGCUCUUUUCUAUCGAUACUUUCAUGCAUAGAGGAAUCUAGGAGUAUGCAUACGGGUACUCAAACAACACCAUUGGCUGAUAUUAGUAUUAUUAUUUAUUAUCUUUUUUUUUUUCUCUUUUUUUUUUCUUUUUUUUUUUUUUUUCUUUUUUUUUCUUUUUUUAUUCUUUAUUCUUUUUGUGGAUUCACAGUUGCCUAAGAAAUGAACGCAUUUUAAAGAAAACUUACCUUUUCUUUUUAUAAAUCUAUUACUGUUUAACAAUUAUUUUGUUUGUUGGAAUUACAUUGAAAAAUAGUUGAUAUUCCCUCUGAAAAGAAAUAAUAAUAUUUUCCCAUAA